ACCACUGUCAUGUCGCUUGCAGCUGGGUUGUCCUCUGAAUGGCUCAUUGUAUCUGAACCUACACCACAUGUCCUGCAAGUUUCGCUUUCCCGAUCACCGGUCAACGCAUUUUCAACUGAGCAAGUAGGAUAUUCCCUUGGGUGCAUUUCUCUGACAUCGUCUCUCAGAUUCUGGACAGCUUACGGAGCCUUGUUUGACCGCAUAACGCGUGAACGGCGCGAUGUGCGCGCUCUAGUCGUCUCGUCAGCACUUCCUAAGCUGUUCUCUGCGGGCAUUGACAUCAAGGGCGGGAUUGUAGAGGAAACGACUGGUGACGCAGCUCGGUCAUCGUUGAACACGUACAACAAACUUAAGGAAUUUCAAAGUGCAAUCGGCGCCCCACAACGCUGUCCAUUUCCUGUAAUCGUCGCGGUCCAUGGACUCGUUGUUGGCUUGGGGAUUGACUUGAUUUGCGCCUGCGACGUUCGCUAUGCUGCCGACAACAGCCAGUUCACUAUCAAAGAAGUUGACGUCGGUCUGGCAGCUGAUAUCGGGACUCUUGCCUUCCUUCCGAAAAUCACUGGCAACCACUCUCUGAUGCACGAACUAGCUUACACUUCGAGGAUAUUCUCUGCCACCGAAGCAUUGCAGCUUGGAUUAGUCUCGCAAGUCGUUCCAGGUGGUCAGAAAGACGUGAUUGGUGCUGCUCUUAAACUGGCUUCAACUAUUGCGACCAAAAGUCCAAUCGCGGUCUCAGGCACCAAGAGGAUAUUGACGCACUCGAGAGACCAUAGUGUACCUCAAAAUCUCGACUACGUCGCUGCUUGGAACGCCGCAGCCCUUCGCACUGACGACAUCCCCGAGGGUCUUCGUGCAGCACAGGCGCGCAAGCAAGCCACCUUUCAACCUUUGUCAAAACCCAAACUCUGA